AACCUGAGAUCCAAGCUCGUUCCCAAACCCUGGCCUUGCAUCCUCCGUGUGUCUGACCCUCCUAACGUCCUCUCCUCCCUCUGCCCAUGGCCCGUUGCCGCCCAGAUGGACAACGUGGAUGCUGAGAAGGAGGUGCCAGGGGGAGGCUGGAUCGCAGUGGCCUACGUGGGCAAGGAGCAGGCGGCCCAGUUCCCGCAGGAGAGUCCGAGCGGCGGCCCGCGGGCCUAUCCCAAGGCGCUGGUCCAGCAGAUGCGGAGGGCGCUCUUCCUGGGGGCCUCGGCCCUGCUCCUCCUCAUCUUGAACCACAACGUGGUCCGAGAGCUAGACAUAUCCCAGCUUCUGCUCAGGCCCGUGAUCGUCCUCCAUUAUUCUUCCAACGUCACCAAACUGCUGGAGGCCCUGCUGCAGAGGACCCAGGCCACAGCUGAGAUCACGAGUGGAGCGUCCCUGUCGGCCAACAUCGAGUGGAAGCUGACCCUGUGGACCACCUGCGGCCUCUCCAAGGAUGGCUACGGAGGAUGGCAGGACCUGGUGUGCCUGGGAGGUAGCCGGGCCCAGGAGCAGAAGCCCCUGCAGCAGCUGUGGAACGCCAUCCUGCUGGUGGCCAUGCUCCUGUGCACAGGCCUCGUGGUGCAGGCCCAGCGGCAGGCGUCCCGGCACAGCCAGCAGGAGCCCGGAGGCCAGGUGGACCUGCUCAAGCGCCGCGUGGUGCGCAGGCUGGCGUCCCUCAAGACGCGGCGCUGCAGGCUGGGCAGGGCGGCGCAGGGCCCCCCGGAGCCGGGCGCGGAGACCUGCGCCGUGUGCUUGGACUAUUUCUGCAACAAGCAGUGGCUCCGGGUGCUGCCCUGUAAGCAUGAGUUUCACCGGGACUGCGUGGACCCCUGGCUGAUGCUCCAGCAGACCUGCCCGCUGUGCAAGUUCAACGUCCUGGGUGAGCAUCACGGGUGGGGCCCUGGGCUGGCUCCACCUGGUCCCCACCUGACGCUGCCCUCCCUGUUCUCUCCCCGCCUCCCUGCAGGGAACCGCUACUCAGAGGAUUAGCUGCCCCAGCUGGCGCUCUGCACGGGGAGAUGCCCCCCCCCCCCCAACCUGCACUCUGGCCCUCGGCCUGGGCAGGACAGGAAACCCUGAGGGUGGGAGGGAAGAUGGGGCCUUCCCUGCUGAGCAAGGCACCCCACCACGUCCACUGCCCCCGGCCGAGGGUGCCGGGCCCAGACCUGCUGGCGAGUGAGGGAGAGGCCCCUUUGGGGCCUUUGUGUACAGUCCUGGGGUGUCUGCCUUCUCUGCAGGCAGCCCCCGGGCCUGGGGAGAUGUGAGGGCGGUGGGAGCUCUGCCUGCCCGUCAGGACACCCCGGGGCCAAGGCUGCAGGGGCCACUUUUGUGCUUAUUUAUUGGGGGGUGGGUCGGGGAGCAGCUGUCUGGCCUCGGGGGCACCCUGGCCAGACCAUCUUUCAGGACACAUCUUGGUCAAGGCUGGAUGUGAAACCCAGGGGCCUCCUGCCCGCGGGCCUUGGGCACUGGGAGCCAAGGGCUCCCGGCCGUCCAGCGGGGCCCCUCCUGCCUGGGGAGACCAGAGACCGCAGAAACCGUCCAGUUCUGUGCUGCUCGGUGGGGCGACGGUCACUGCCCAGGACACUUGAAGCCCCGGAUAAAUGUGGUGCAUCUUCCAGGGAGUCCGUUUUUUAGAAGACUUGGGGUAGGGGAGGUGGUUUACUAUUAAAAUAAACAAGGAUAUAUUUUAACGUAAGAAA